CCAUCCCUGGCAGCGUUCAGGAGGCGCCCGAAUGCAGCGCCGGGUGAUGCGGCUUGGGGACUCCACGGUUCCACGCAGGCGGCGCUGUGACGGGCGGGCGGCGGCGCCGCGCCUGCGCCGGCGGGACAGCGGCCGCUUCCUGCGCGGUGCCGGCAUGGCGGGAGCGUUCCUGAUGGAGAUCAGGCGGGCCACGCAGAGCGCGCUGCUGGUUAUCCGCGCGGCGGCGGAGCUCCCCAGCGCGCCGGUGGAGGUGUCGGUGUGUGCGGAUUCCCUGGAAGUGAGGAGCGGCGGGAGCUGCGAUGCGGCGGCGCUGCCGGCAGGGGUCAGCCUGGCGCCGUCCUCGUGCCGCGGGCUCCGGCGCCUGCGCGGGGACGGGCUGCACCUGCGCGUGCGCCUGCGCCGCCCGCCGCCCGCCGCCGAUGUGGUUUUUGCUUUGAGAGAAAGCCUGAAACCCAACAAUAACUACAUCUUUCACUGUCAGUCCUGUGGUGACAUCGUAGUGAACGACCGGAAAUUUCUCAGAGUUCUUCCUCUACCGAGUGAAAACUGGAGUGAUUUAGUUGAAGAGUGGUGUUGUCACCCCGACCCCUUUGCCAGAAGCACUUUGCACCCUCAGCAUGGUGACUGUUUUGUUGGAGACACUUUUUUUCUGUUGAAUUUAAGAAGUGAAUCACAUGUGCCUGAAUCUCCUGUGUGCUGCUCAGAGGCUGGACACCAUGUUUUGCAGAGUGGCUCCAACUUGAAGUCAAAAGAAAAUACCAGAGUAAUUUGUAAGCGCUGCAAGACAACACUGGGAGAAACAGUUUCAUCAGGUACCAUUAAAUAUUAUGUCACUGAGGUGGUUAUUCAAUCAGCUGAAAGAAGUUUCAGUCCAACACCAAGGUCUCAAUUUGUACAAAGCAUUGUUGCUCAGUGUCUUUUGGAAUUAUCCUCUGCUAAAAGCACAUUUAGAUUCACCAUAAAAGGAGAUAAUGGAAAAACCUAUAUUCUGAUCUGGCUUUUAAAUUCUGACACCUUGCUGGUAGAGUCUUUAGGAAGUUCCUCCUCCCACAUUGAUUUUACACUGUUUGGAGAUAUCCUUACACCUAGCUCUGGACCAGUGGGAACCUGGAAUGCUCUCAAAGUCCUUUAUCAGCCAUGCAUUCAAGGCAGAAAUAAGGAGCUUGCUGAUGCAUGGGAAGAUGAUAUGGGAGUUCAUCCUUUAAAGUUUCCAUCAGAAACAUGUUUGGAACUGUUGUUGAUUCUGGGUUUGAGUACCACAUCUCUGCCACCUUCACUUCGAUGCAUGAACUCUUUUCAGGUUGCCUUUUUGAAGAUUUGAAGAACGAAGAUACCUGUGCUGAAAACUGUUGUUAGAUUUAUUUUCAGAAGAAAUCUGUACAGAUAAUUUCCAGUGGUGGGACUUCUAGAAAAAAAUCCCCUGACAAUACAAAAGAAAGUGGGGUGGGGUGGGUGUGUGUAUUCUUCAUAUCUGAAUGUGUUUCAAAACCAAAGAAAGAGUUGACUUUUGUAUCCAGUGCAUUCUUAGAUGUCAUUCUAAGAGUGACUUACCUGUCACUCCUAUGACAUCCAGCUGGGAUGACUAUUAUGAUGUCUUCACUGCUAAAAGGAAAUUCCCUGUGUAUCUUGUACUGCCUUUACCAGUGUUUGAUAGCAAUGUAUAUAUCCUUAGGAAUGUUUACAACUGGUAGCAAAUAUUUUAAAAUGCCAUGGAUACUAAUGUGAGUUCUUUACUUUCUUUGUUCUUGUGAAGUUAGAGGUCCGACUUUAAAACAUAAAAUCUGUUUUUUGUAAAACUUAUGUGUUUAUCAUGUAUAUUGUUUCUGCAUUAAGGUUUGCCUCUCUGCUUGAGAGUAAAGGAAGACAGCAUCUGCAUUCCUACAUCAUAUGUUUUGGAGAAUCAAGGUUUUAUGGUUAUUUGGAACAAUUAUUAUUAUUUCAAGGAAAGUUAACAUGCCCAUUACUCAUUCAAUGAUCUCACCAUAGGAAGUGAUCCUACAAAGUGUUGGACACCUCAGUUUUACACAUCCGAAGACAAGAAGCUGAGGUCUCACAGCACCUCCUCUGGAUAUAACUUUUCUGUUACUAUUUUAGUUUUCAGUAUUGAAGGAAGAAAAAAAUUAUUCUGACUUUUGUAUUCAGGGACUAAAUAAUCUAGCUCCAAGAUACUUUGUCUGUGCACCAAUGCUGAGUCAUUUUAUGAAUAAAAUAUUUUUUCUAAAUUAGUUUAA